AUGCUCCGAGAUCACCAAAAAAACAACAAAUACUACGAGCCAAGGGUAGCUGCCAUCGGUCCUUUCCACCAUGGUAGUAAACCAAAGUACGAGCAGGCAGAGAAAAUCAAGCUUCAGUUAGCUGUGAACUUUGUCAAAGACAGUGCGCAGAACGAGGCAGAUUUGCUCAAGAAGGUUGAAAAUAAAAUCAAGGAUCUAAGGGAGUGCUAUGCUGAGGAAGCAACAAAGAAGUAUGACGAUGAUUCCCUCACGUGGAUGCUGUUCGUUGAUGGGUGUUCGAUGCUGGAAUUCAUAUACAAAUAUGAAAUGUUAGAAUCUUUUGAGAUCAAGAGAGACCAGGUGGCCUUUGCAGAACAUGACAUGUUCUUGCUGGAGAACCAACUUCCUUAUCAACUCCUCGAGCUGCUGAUGAUCUCGAGCACAAAAUACGAGGACGUGAAGGACUCAAUUGAGAGGUUUGUUCAGAUGCACGGCGUUGCACCAGAGCCACAACGAGGUGCACAAAACACGCAACCGAUUAAGCACGUACAUAUACCCAUGGAACCAAAGCCAACUCAUCUUCUUGAGUAUCUUCUGACAAGAAUGCUAGGAUAUCCACCAAUCGGGAGGUCUGGUCAGAUGCCCAGCGAUGCAUCAGAGGAGGAGCCACCACAACCGGGAGCAGGCGGAGCACGAAACACGCAAUUGCGUGCAAUUCAUUUUCUUGAUAAUCUUCUGACAAAAAUGCAAGAAUAUAUACGUCGGAAAAAAAGGGAGACAAGUGCCAACCAUCCCCAAUCUUUUCGCAAUGUACAAGAGCUUCAGGCAGCCGGGAUUCGUUUUAGGCAGAGCAAGGAGCCAAGCGUAUUGAAAGACAUAUAUUUUAAGAGCUUUCUAUGCUGUGGGUUCCUUUAUCUUCCCAAAAUAAAAGUAGACGACUCGAUGGGGCCUAAGUUCAUGAACUUGAUAGCCUACGAAAUGUGUCCCGAUUUCCAGAACGAUUUCGGGGUCACCUCUUACAUAGGCUUCCUCGAUUCGCUCAUCGAUUAUGCGGAUGAUGUGAAGCAUCUGAGGAAAAGCCACAUACUUCGAAACUUUCUUGGGAGUGACGAUGAGGUGGCUAAACUCUUCAAUGAGAUAGGCACUGACUUGGUGCCUAACACUGCAAUUUACUACGAUGUUAAACGCAAGAUAGAAGAUCACUACAAGACCAAUUGGAAGAAAUGGAUGGCGCAAUUCUUUCAUGAACAUUUCAGCAGCCCCUGGACUAUCCUGGCUUUCAUUGGUGUUCUCUUAGGGCUUGGGAUGACCGCUGCUCAGACGUGGUACGCCGCCAAUUCUGGUACCGCUCCAUGUGAGGCCUUACUUGAGUACCUGAAAGACCGCGGGUACUAA